AUGACAUCCCUAGCACCUCCUUCUCACUCCCACUCCCACACUCAUUCUCACUCCCACUCUACCACAACCUCCUCAACUGCCUACCUCCUCGAACCCCCCACCCCAGACGACGACACCCAACGCGGCCGCAAACGUCGCCGCAGCUCAGCCUCAAACCACACCACCUCCCACGGGAGCACCACCCUGCGCGGCCGCGGCAGGCAUCGCACUCCAUCCCCCUCUACUCUGUUGACGCCCACCAAAACAUCACACUCCCCGUCCGUGAUACCCGAGGAAGGAAUUGAGCGUCACCGCUCUCAUUCACCUAGGAAGAGCCCCGGGAAGAAAUACCAGCGAUUCGGACUUUUGGACUCGGACUCAGAUGCUGGUGUUGGUGUUGGUGUUGGCAACGACAUGGGUAGAUGGAAAGGCAAGGGAUCGAGUAGACGGAGUCAGAGUCUGAGUAGGAGUCGGAGUCGAGGUGGACGAGGAGAUGGGCACGGGAAUGGGGAUGGUGGGGAGAAUGUGAGGAUGAGGAGGAGACAGAGGACUAGGACGAGGAGUCGGAGUCAUGGGGAGGAGCGGGGUGGGAGUCGUGGUGGAAGUGAUGAGGAGGGGGAUGAAGAUGAAGCGGUGGAGGAUUGA